AUCCUUACUAUGCUUACCAAGUAAAUUAAGCAUAACUAAACCACAAGUCUAUCUUCCAAGUAAUAAGCUACAGACAGGGAAGCACACUAUGGAAACUUCAGGUGAGCCGAGGCAGUGGUCUCGACUCAUCUAUGCCCUUGUAUUUUGCCUAAUUUCUAGCAUCGUUGUUGCUGAUGAUGAUAAGCCUUACUAUGGAGGCCAACCAUACUACAAAAAUCCAUAUCCAACAACACCACCACCAUAUAAUGCAAAGUAUCCACCCUACUAUUACAAACCACCUCCAUAUAACUAUCAAUCGCCACCUUCUUAUGAACCCAAAUAUCCUCCAUAUUAUUACAAGUCUCCCCCUCCUUAUGAACCGAAGUACCCUCCAUAUGACUACAAAUCUCCACCUCCUCCUUAUAAGCACAAAUACCCUCCAUAUUACUAUAAAUCUCCACCUCCUUAUGAACCAAAAUACCCUCCAUAUUACUACAAAUCCCCACCUUCCCCUUAUGAGCACAAAUAUCCUCCUUAUUACUACAAAUCCCCACCUCCUCCACCUCCCUAUGUCUACAAAUCACCUCCACCACCACCUUAUGUUUACAAGUCCCCUCCUCCCCCACCGUAUGUUUAUCCAUCCCCUCCACCUCCUCCAUAUGUUUACAAGUCACCUCCACCUCCACCUUAUGUUUAUCUAUCUCCACCACCACCUCCAUAUGUUUACAAGUCUCCUCCACCUCCACCAUAUGUUUAUCCAUCCCCACCACCACCACCUCCAUAUGUUUAUAAGUCACCUCCACCUCCACCUUAUGUUUAUCCAUCUCCACCACCACCUCCGUAUGUCUACAAGUCCCCACCACCUCCGCCAUAUGUUUAUCCAUCCCCACCACCACCACCUCCAUAUGUUUAUAAGUCACCUCCACCUCCACCUUACGUUUAUUCAUCUCCACCACCACCUCCUUAUGUCUACAAGUCCCCACCACCUCCGCCAUAUGUUUAUCCAUCCCCACCACCACCACCUCCAUAUGUUUAUAAGUCACCUCCACCUCCACCAUAUGUUUAUGCAUCUCCACCACCACCUCCAUAUGUUUAUAAACCUCCAUAUUAUUACACAUCUCCACCACCACCCUAUGUCUACAAGUCACCACCACCACCUCCUUCGUAUGACUACAAGUCCCCACCCCCACCUCCUCCAUAUUAUUAAAAAUCUCCACUGCCACCAUCUCUCUGGCCUCCUCCAGCAUAUGCCUAUAAGUAACAAUUUCCUUCAUUACCUUCACCACUUCCUCCAUAUAUUACUACAAGACUUCACUUCCACAAUUCCCACCAUCACAUCCUCCAGCAUAUGUAACAUUACGUCUACAAAUCACCCCUGCCACCCGUGUAUUAGGCUAGGAGUUAAAGCUAUUUGAAUUUAUCCAUUAAAUAAGAUUCAACAUUGUUGCAGUUUAUUAGCGAGCAUUCGUUAAUAAUAUAUGGUCUGCGCUAUAGCAAGAGCCAUGCAUGUUAUGGAUGUGCCCAUAUGUUGUACUAUUAUAUAUAUAUGUAUCAGUGAGUGUUAAUUCAUAAUUAACUUUGUUUUAAUUUCUUUUAUCAAAUUUCACAGUGUCAUAUUUUGUUAUUGGUUGGUGUUAGGUUUCCAUUUCCUUCUCUGUAUAAGUUCAUAUACUCUUCGAAAUAAAGAUUUUUAUUUGAUCAAA